AUGAGAGAAGUGUCUUUUCACAAGAUGACAGAAGAAACUGUGGUAGAGGAAAUCAAUUACGAGGAACAAUAUGGGGUGCUUGUCGAAGAGAAUAAAAAGUUGAAGAUUGAUAUUUCAAGUUUGCAGUUAAGCAAUCGAAGUCUUGUCAAUCAGAAUAGGGAUGAGAAAAAAAAGGUUAUGGAUUGUCGUUUGCAGAUUGCUGAUUUAGAAGGGCGUCUUAAGGCGUUCGAUGCCACAAAGCAGGAAUUAGCCGAUUCACAAGGACAAUGUGAACGUGUACGUAUGACAUUAGAAAGUUGUGAAGCUAAAUUAGCUGAUGCUGAAAGGCGUGCAGAUGAAGCAUCCGGUUUGAUAAAGAUCAAGGAUAGCAUUAUCGUGAAACAAAGCAAUUUCACAAAGGAGAUUGAAGAACGCUUGAGAAAUAUCACGGAGGAACGAGAUAAUUUGUUACAUAAAACCUCUAAUCUAGAGACGGAAUUAAAUAUAGCUAUUGUUAGAGGUGAAGAUGCUGAUGACUUAAAAGAACGAUUGAAGGCGUUACAGGAACUUUUUGAUAAUCUGGUCAAUGACCGUUCCCAAACAACUAGUGAGAGUGGAUUAGCUGCUGCUAAUGAGUAUUUCAAAUCCGAACAGGCUAAAUCUGAAAACCGUAUCGCAGAACUUAAAGAAGUUAAAAGUGGAUUGGAGCAAAAGAUUGAAGAACUAUGUGGUGAUAAAAAGCAACUACAAAUACAGUUGGAACAACAACUAGAUGAAUAUGAGAAGCUGGGUGAGAAAUGCGCGACUCUGGAAGCACGUAUCAAGGAAAUGGCACAUUCUGAAAGAAGAUAUGGUGGUGGUAUGCUUGGCGGUCGUCUGAUUGGACCCACUUUACCUCCAUGGAUCGCUGAUGACAAAAAGCUGGAAAACGAUCUAGAACGACUUUCAAAGACUGAUCCUGCUACUCUGCGUGCAAAGGUCAUGGAACUAGAAAGCCAAGUCAACGAGCUUAAUCAACUUCUGACUUAUCGGGAAGACGUGAUUCUCCGUAUUCAUGAGGAAAUAUCGAAAAAGGCUUCAAAACUCGAAGCCGCCGAUGUUGAACGUUCAAGUCUUACAGCUCAAAUCAGUAUACUGAAACGCGAGUUGGCAACGGCUCGUGAAGACUUAGCUCGUCGAGGAGUAGGUCCUAUUGAAUUAGAAACUGAAAUUGAACGUUUACGAAGUAAACGAGAUAGAGAAUAUCAGCGACGCAAGCGAACUGAAACCGAUUUAGAGAACAUGGAAAAAGAAAACCAGGAGUUGAAACAAAGAAUCAAGAGACUAGAAGAAGCAGCGAUAGCUACUCCUCCUAAACCAAUAAUUCCUCAAAGUGAUCCUUCUGAUAGAAAUAAAAUCAUUGAGCUACAAGGCGCUGUUAAUCAACUUCGAAUGGACAAUGAAGCUAAGCGAUCGGAGCUUUUCGACCUGCGAUCACGAUUUGAUGCUAAAUCUGCACAGGUUGAUAAAAUGUCUGCCGAGUUUAAAACAAAAGAACGCCUUUGUUCCGAGCUCACAACUCAGCUUGCAAAUACUCGUGGCCAGCUGGAAAAUACUAUAAAGGAGCUGGAAUCAGUCCGAUGCAGAGCUGUGCGCGGUGGUGCGGAAGUUGAACGUUGGCAUUCAGACCUAACAAGUUUGCAAACUACCAAUAAAUUUCUUUCUUCACAGUUAAACGAUUUGAGAAAUAAAGUAAUUGCGAAAGACAAAAUGAUUGUCGAACUAGGCAAACGUUGUGAAAGUAUUCUAAAUAGUCAUCCUAUUCAAGCUCACGAAGAGCCACAUGUGAGCGUUAACGGAGAUGAAGGUGUGUGCUCACGUUGUCAGGAGCGUCUGUUUACUGAAGACAAUCAACAGUCGAAUGAACUAGAUAUAAUUUCUCAGCUUAAAGCUAAACUGUCUUCAAUGGAAGAUCGUUGUAAAACCUUAAUGGCUGAAGCAGUUCAAACCCAACAGGCAAAUGAGAAUGUAAAAUCUCAGUUGGAGUCCGAACUUGCUAAUGCCCAACAGUCUGUACAAAAGUUGUCCGAAGAAGUUGCCCGAGAAAAAGAGACAGCAUACAAUUCAACCUCUCGCGUCCAAGAACUCACUGCUCAAGUAAAUAAGUUAGAAACAGACCUUUCUCAAACCAGAAUGCAACUAAUAGAAGCUCAGUCAGAUCAUCAAAAAGAAAACGAUAUCAAUGCAUCAGCUGCCUCACCUCCUGCCAAACGAACUAGGCGAAGUACUAAUGCUGUGAAUAAUGUCAAAGCGAAUUCAAAGAGUAAUCAGGAUCAUUCAUCCGGUGGGCGUCAUUGA